AGUGCAUCGUGUGUGCUGUGCACAGAGCGGAACAGAAUGGUAUUAAGAACAUGGACGCGCGGUUGAACAUGUUAAAGUCGCUCAAUAGCGGAGCGAAAGAUUUACCCUUACCGCCUUUACCGCCCACGGUUAUCCAGGCGAGCGCAAUGGCGACCGAGAGCGGGGUUGGUAAUGCCGUGUCCACGAGCGCCAGCGCAUCCGGAAAUUGCACUACCGUCGUCUACGCGUUUCCGGAGGAUCACUUAGUGGUGGGAUAUCUGAAUGAGUGGAUCAAUGCCUACUCCUUCAUAACGAACAACCGAGAAAAGUUCUACCUCUACAUUAUUGUAUCGGUCAGCGCCGGUAUCCUGCUCUUUCUGGGAUUGGUUAUCGGCCGCCUGUUAAUCAGCCGGCAUCGCGCCAAGAGGGACGCAAAGUUCCACGCGAAUAACGAGACCCUCCCGAAUGGAUUCACCGACGAUAUUUCCGAGAUUGAUGCCGACAUCGAUCUCACCACGUCGGUCGCAGUACCGUUGCAGGACGCAAGGUUGCCCGAAACUCAGUUGGCCGAGAGACUUCACGGCGAACGUUACUACGCCGACACGAGGAUACCUCUGUCGCCGACAAGUAUCCAACCAGGAGUACACGCCACGUCGGUAUCCCACGCAACCAACACGGGGAUGCGCGUCGAUCUUGGGAACCACAUGGUUGGCACGGAUAAUCUUCACACGAUCCUCCGCACGGAUAAUCCCCGGAACCUCAACAGCAAAAGCUAUUACUAUGGCUGACAAGAGGAAGGGGUUGUCCCGCGCGAGGGACGACCCCCGUCCUUGAGCCCGGUGCCGGAAGUUAGCACGCGAAAAUAUUGCUUUUAAUUAAUUGACUGAACGGAACGGCAGAGACCGGGCAUGCCGCGCCAAGCCGCUGUAAAUUACGUUGAAGACGUUAAAAACAAGCUAUCAUUUGUUGCGCCGAACUGCGAUACAUAAUUGUGACAGUGCGAUCUCAGAUUUUUGUCAGUCGUCAGACGCCAAUUGUGAGUGUCUGUCGAUGUUUGUUAAAAUAGACUUGUAUAUCUGUAAACGUGUCGUCCAUUCCGAGAAUUUGAGAAAAAAAAUUCUCGAUUAGAAAUGUAUAAUCUAUCAUCAGCAAAGAUGGUGUGGGAAA